GCUUCGGGUGAGGAUGGCGAUCAACCAAAGGUGGAUAAGGUUGCAAAGGAAAAACCCAAGGGUCCCGUCACCGCCGAAGAUCGAAAGCGCGAAAAGCUUUUUAAAAAUCAAGCAAUUGCUUGACAGGGAUAAGGCCAACAAAGCUGAGAAGGCCGAUAAAGCUGAGGCCGCAAAGGAGGUGGCUGCUCCUCCAGCAGAACCGUUAGAACCGCAGGAUGAGGAGCCGCAGGAUGAGAAGCCCAAGGAGGGUGAAAAGCCCAAGGAGGAUGUGCAGCGGGAAUCCGUCGAAUCCUACCAGUCGCUGGCAUCCGAAAACGAAGAGUCCGACGACGAGGAAAUUAAGGCCAUUCUUAAUCAGAAAGUAGAACUCCCUUCACUUGCGGAAAGCCCUGCAGAGGAGGAUGAGGAGUAUGCGGAAUCGGUUAGCAGUGGGGAAACGCCACUACCCCGAUUGGGCCAGUCGGUGAAGGGCGAGUUUAUUCGAGAGUUCGAAAGUCUGCCCAGCAUUGCGGACAUAUCCCUGGACGUGGAGCCAGAGCCCGAACCCGAAACCGAGGCCGUUGCUCAGAAGACAUCGCUGACCGCCCCGGACACCGGUCACUUUGUCGAAGGCGGCGGCGGCGGCGGCUCGGAAGGGUCCGGCGAAGGCGAGUCGAGUUCCGAGCGGGAUGCUAGCACGGCCGCUUUAACAGUCGCUGAUGGCGAGGAGCAGGAAAGCGAUUCGGUGAUCAUGGAGGAUCUGCUUGAGGAGCCGGGGGCGCAGGAGAAGACAGUUGUUAUCGGCGAGGAGAUGGACACCAUGGCCAUGUUCGCCGUGGCCGCCGAAGCGGAUGUCGAAGCCACGCCGGAAGUGGAGUUGCCGGUGGAGGAGCCCUUCUGGUAUCGCCUCACAGCCGAUUUCCUCAACCAACUUAUCUCCAGCGUGGUGGCGAACGUAGAGAACACCGACAAGAACAAGGAGCUGUUGCUGGACAAGCGCAAGAUGAUGGUGGGACUGCAGCGUCUGGUGGACGAAUACCAACUUGAGCGCUACAUGAACUCUCAGCUAAACAAUGUCGUCUGUGACUACUUUCGGCGCAUUCGCAAGAACAACAACUUUCAGGUGCUGCCGCCGGAGGAUGCCCGGCAAGAGUAUGUCCGCUUUUUGAACGCCAUCAACGUGGUCGACAACCUGAUGGAGCGGCAGAAGAUGAUCAAGAUUAAGUACGGGCACAGCGCAUCAAAGGCCAUGCUGGAGCUCAACUCGCUGACGGUGUUGUCCUACAACGAGGAGCAGCGCCUGGAGGGAUUCAUGCGCAAGACUCUCAUUCGACGGGACAUGGAUCGUCUUAAGCGCGCCCUCGAAUACGAUCUCCGGCGGAUGCAGGACCUCCGCAACCAGGUCAGCGAGAAGCGCUACGAGCUAAAUCUCAAUCUUCACAAUUUAGCCUUUAUAGAUGAGAAAGUAAUGAAGUUUGAAAGAGUCACUGACACGUUGACCAUAUCUCAGAUGCUUUGGGCCAACGAAUCUAUAAUACAAUUGGGAAAACAAUUGGAAGAAAAGUGCAAAGAUGUGGCGGUCAUGCAGUCGAAUUACAAAAAGUCGAUGAUCGAGGAGACCUGCAUUCGGGAAAAGCGGGACAUGAUCGCGUAUAUGCUGUCCAAGGCCAAAGCUGAGUACACGGAUCGGUUUAUUCGGCGGAACAAUCUGCGCAAGGAGUUGACCAGGCUCCAGUUGGAGCACGCCGAGCUGAAGGCCAAACGUGCCAAGCUGGAGAGCAAGGGCGGGCUACUCUUCAAGGUCGGACUGAUGUACGACUAUGACAAGUGCAUGGCCGACAUCGAAGCUCGGCGCAACAAUAUCAGAGCCAUGAAGAAAACUUGCUUCGAACUGAGUAAACGCAUUUAUAAUUUGGAAAACGAGAGCCGCGCUUCCAGUAUUUCGGUGCGCCAUUUUGAUUGAUACGCUGAAUUUCUAAUUUUCUAUUUUCACUAAACACCGAAAAAAAUAAAGGCUAUGAUGUAACUAAAAAAGCAAA